UAUCACUUACAAAACAAAGUGUCGUGUGAGAGAUAGCCGCCAUUUUUAACAUUUUAUAUUUUCGAUUUCGGUUUUCGUAAUUUGUAUGACGUGUAUACCCGACUAGUGAUAAAAAUAUGAGUAGCUCACCGGAGCCCUCCAACAGGAUCUCUCCAAAUCCCUUCUCGCCAAAUUAUAGACAUAAAAGUGACUCCGGAUCUAAAUCACCCGUUUCAAAUCGCAGGCAAAAUGGGUACCUUAAAAAAUCACAAUAUGAUAGUGACAGUGGUGAUAGUGACUAUGCUCAGGACCAUGUGAGAGAAAAUAGAAAGGCCCGUUCACGAAGUCCUGAUCAACAAGAUCGUGAUAGGGACAGACGUGAAAGACAUCGAACCAGAGAUAGAGAUAGAGAUCACAGAAGGCAGCGAUCUAGAAGUAGUAGUUCCCGAUGGGAGAAGAAACAGAAAAGGGACAGAGACAGAGAUAGAUGUAGAGAUGAUGAUAGGGACAGUACUAGUGAAAGAAGCUAUGGUUGCAUGCCCAUUGGAGCCAGUGGAUCUGAAAUUAUUGGAUUCAAGAGCCAGCCACCAAAUAACACUAUAAUGAUUAGGGGCCUAGCACAACACAUAUCUGAGUAUGAUAUAAGACAGGACAUAAUAGGAUGUGAUCUAUUUCCAAAGGACAUCCGACUCAUCAGGAAGAAAGACACAGGUGCUUCCCGCGGUUUCGCCUUUGUCGAGUUUUCCACACUGGGUGAGGCCGUUCGAUGGAUGGAGAAAAAACAGGGUGUUUUGAUGCUCCAAGACCAAUACCGUGCUAUUAUGCAAUAUAGCAUACCGAAGGAUUCGAAUUCCGCCGAAAAAACACCAUCCUAUAAGGCUUCAGCUGAUUGGUUUUGUAUAAAGUGUGGAGCUCAGAAUUUCAAAAGAAGGGACAAUUGUUUUAAAUGCCACGCAUCCAAAACAGAGAGUGAGGAAGGAGGUAGUGGUAGUGACGAAGUGUGCAUGUAUGCGACCAAAACUAUCAUGUUAAGGAAUUUGGACGCAUUGACAACGGAAGAAUCUGUCAUGGCUGUACUGAAGCAAAUCAUACCGGAAUUGGUGGAAACCAUUUCGGUCGUAUGUAUUGGACGGGAUCCUCUAACGUCAACCUCUAGAGGCCUCUGUUAUCUAGAAACAAGAAGCACUGUAGAUUCCUUAGCUAUAUUCGCAGGACUUAGUAAUCACAAAACACCAGUCACUAUUGACGGAAAGUCUGUGAUAGUAUCCUACUGUAAAUACGUUAAGGGAGACACUAAGAGGCCAUAUUCUCAAGUAGAUCAAGAUGUCUUCCCGAACGCAGCAGUUCCUAGUACUUAUUCUAUGGCCGAUGUAGAUAGUUUAGCAGAAUAUGCCGCUAGACGGUAUGCAAAAUCGCCGCAGGAAUAUAUGCACUACAUCGAAUACUAUCGAGUGUAUUUCGCCAAACAAAUUACCGAUGGAAAUUCCAUUACCCUGCAGGAAAAUCAAAUGGAUGCUGUAAAUGCUGCAGCUGCCGUUGCUCAAUCAGCUAUACAGCAAUUGAAUGCCACCAAAACUGGUACUAGCAGCUACGUAGAUUCAGAGCAGCCCCCUACAGGAGUAGAUGGCAAGAAAUAUCCUGUUCCCGAUACCGCCCGUUACAUAUAUGAUAAGAACACUGGUUACCAAUACUGCCAGACUACUGGUCUCUAUUAUGAUCCUAGUUCGAAAUAUUACUGGAAUACGAGCAUUCAAAAGUGGCUGUACUGGGAUCAUGACAAGCAAACUUAUAGUUUGGCUCAGGCUGAGGAUACUUCCAACAAACAAUCUACAAUAGAGAGUAAUGCUACUCAAGAACCUGAAUCAAAAAAACAAAAAGUUGACAAACAAGAUAAAGUGAAAGUCGCGAAAAAGAUUGCAAAAGAUAUGGAGAGGUGGGCUAAAACGCUUAACCAGAAAAAGGAGAGCUCCAACGUGAAAGCAGCUACUGAAUUUAUUGGAUAUGCCAAUAUGGCUUCGGCAGACAUAGGAUUUUCUGUUUUGGAAAAGAAAGCCUUAGUAGGACCCACUACAUCAGCUGCCACUAGUUCUACUCCACUUGCACCUUACAUUAAGGAAGUCGAUGAUCGGUCACCUACUCUUCCAGGUCCUCUUGUAGCAGCGUAUGGCGGAGAAAGUGAUUCUUCGGGUGAGGAAGAAGAUGACUUCCUAGACUACACAAAUUUGAUUUGCAACCUCUGCAAACGUAGAUUAAACUCAGCAGAAGCUUUAACCAAACAUUCUAAGAUGUCAUCUUUGCAUCUACAGAAUCUCGAAUUACGCAACAAGAAAUCUACUAAGUUCGAUGAGACAGUGGCUGAUAAAGCUGCUUACCGUGAUCGUGCUAAAGAAAGAAGGAUGAAAUUUGGGGAUCCAGAUGCUCCAAAGCCUAGUAAGCUCAAAGAAAAGUACUUAAAAGCACGAGAGGCGGAGAUUUCAAUGCCGUCUUCUUCUGUCUUGGAGCCCAUCGGGGCUGAGAACGUUGGAAAUAGGCUGUUACAAAAAAUGGGAUGGACAGAAGGUCAAGGUCUAGGAAAACAAAAUCAAGGAAGGACAAGCAUCAUUCAGGCUGAACAACACAGUAGCACAGCAGGUUUAGGUAAUAAGCUAGCAGGAUACACGGCUGUUGCAGGUGAAAGUUAUAAAGACUGCGUUAAGAAGAUGAUGUACGCUCGUUACCAGGAGUUGACAGAAAAGGAACUAAACAACUAACGUCUGGUGUUUAUUUUUGAUGUGUUUAUUGAUUGAUUGUGUAUAUAAGACUUUAUUUGUAGGAUCUUUAUAUUAUUUUAUAUAUUUUCUUUAUAUAUUCAAUUUCUGAGCGCUUAGUAUUUAAUAUUUUAGCAUAGGAAUUGCUAAUUAUUUUUAUAUUUUUUGCGUUUUAUUAUAUUAUUUAUCUUU